GUGAUUAUGUCAUUAUAGGAGAGGAAAACAUUGAAUUAAUGCUCCUUUUUCAGGAUAUUUCACAUUUUCUCAUCCCUUUACAUGUUUAUUAUCAUGCAUAUGUCCUUUAGUAAAUAAUAAGGCUUACAGUGAUGGGUUUCAUUUAAUAAAUUACAUUAAUUUUCGUAGUUAGUCUUCUAAAAAGGCCAAAAUGCUGCUCAGUGAUCAACAGGUCUCAGGUUGAAGCAGGAGGGCGCUCUGCUGCUGCUGCUGCUGCAGAGAUCUGCGCACUCAGCUUUCCUCAGAGCCGAGCCAGGGUGCACCGCCGCGGGGGAAACAUGGUCUCAGAGUCCGGCGCUGAGUCCUGGAGGGUUUCCGGUUUCCUUUAAAGUGGUUUUCACCCUGAUGAUGAGAACUCAGUCUGCUGCUGCAGCGGAUCCCAGACUACAACAGGUCAGACUGCACUGCGUGAUGCGGAUCAGAGUCCAAGAGGACCUCCAGGGCCGGACUGUCUCUAUCAAAGCCAGGAGGAUCUCAGCUGGUGUUCCUACAAUGAUCUGACUGCAGAAAGUCAGGAACCCUCUCUGAGAGCAGUCUGCUUCUGGCCUCUGAACCUCACUGAGAGCUGCACAUGAUGGCCAACAACAACGAGCUACAAAGCGAUCCAGGCGGGCUGUCGGUGCUUCAGCAGCUCGGUCUGGACCAGAACUCGGACUUCUCGGACUCCAGCGUGCAGCUGCGCCUGGACGAGGAGCGGGAGAGGAUCCGCAGGGAGAUCCGUAAAGAGUUAAAGAUCAAGGAGGGAGCCGAGAACCUGCGCAAGGCCACCACCGACAAGAAGAAUGCCCAGCAGGUGGACUCGCAGAUCCGGAGCUCGAAGAGGAAGCUGGAGUAUCUUCACACUCAGCUGCAGGAGCUGGACGCACACAUCGUGGUCAAAGGACCCGAUGAUAACAAAGACUCUCCCAGGUCUCCAGGGUCAGUUAACCGGACUUCAGCCACCCAGCAACGCAUCGCAGCUCUGGAGCGGCAGCUGAACAUCGAGCUGAAGGUGAAACAGGGAGCGGAGAACAUGAUUCCUAUCUACGCCAACGGAGGAACCAAGGACAAGAAGCUCCUCCAGUCGGCUCAGCAGAUGCUGCAGGACAGCAAGACCAAGAUCGACAUCAUCCGCAUGCAGAUUCGAAAGGCCAUGCAGGCCACUGAGCAAUCUGAGGACAACCAAGGUAAGCCGGACGAUUGCGGGGUGGAGCUGCGCGUGGAGGAGCUGUGGCAUCACUACCGUGUGGAGCACGCCAUGGCCGAGGGGGCCAAGAACAUGCUGCGACUGCUGGGCGCAGGAAAGGUCCAGGACAAGAAGGCCAUCGCUGAGGCUCAGUGCGGUCUGAGCGAGUCGUCUCAGCGCCUCGACCUGCUCAGGUGUUCUCUGGAGCAGAGGCUGGUGGAGCUUCCCGAGGAUCACCCCAAGGCCUGCCUCAUCAAGGAGGAGCUGGUGCUGGCCUCCUCCUCUGCCUUCAGCUCCCGCCACAGCACCCCCUAUGUUCACAAUCAGUACAGCACCCUGAGCAAACCCUCACCACUCACAGGUACUCUUCAGGUGCGUCUCCUCGGCUGUAUGGGGCUGCUGGAGGUGGUUCCCGGGCGGAGCAGAGGAACCCCGGUGGUUCUUCCCUCGUUCACUCCUGGAGACGGACGUUCCUCCUUUAAACUGAGCGGCCUCUACAGCCGCAGCACCAGCAGCAUGAGCCUCAAGAUCCCCGGCAAGAACGAUGAGCUCUCCACGGAGGUGAGCUCAGUGCUGAAGCUGGAGAACACAGUAGUGGGUCAGACACUUUGGAAAACAGUCGGGGAGCAGGCCUGGGACCAGACCUUCACUGUGGAGCUGGAGAGAUCCAGAGAGAUGGAAAUCGCGGUGUACUGGAGAGAUUACCGCUCCCUGUGUGCGCUGAAGUACCUGAAGCUGGAAGAGUUCCUGGACAACCAGAGACACAGAGUCAAGCUGGAACUGGAGCCCCAGGGUCUGCUGCUGGCCGAGGUGACCUUCUUUAACCCCGUGAUCGAGAGAGGACGACGACUUCAGAGGCAGAAGAAAGUCUUCUCCAAACGUCACGGUAAAGCCUUCCUGCGAGCUCGUCAGAUGAACGUCGACAUCGCCACCUGGGUCCGCCUGCUGAGGAACGCCAUCCCCAGUGGAGGCAACGCCCCUGCUUAUACUCAGAGCUUCUCAGCUUCACACUCACACACAGGAGAGAUCUCGGUGGAGAAGCUGAACCUCGACAGCGACUCCCCUCAUAAACCUGAAACCAGGAGAGACGUGGUGGACGCCGUACCCGCUCCCUCGGAACAGACGCCGGGCAUUGAACCCUCGUCUACACAGGAUGUCCCUGACGCUCAGCCGCCCAGAUCGCUGUCCCAGAACUCUUUCCGCAGGACCAGUGGAAGUCCUCUUGGCCUGCAGGACUUCAGGCUGGCUGCAGUGCUGGGGAGGGGACACUUUGGAAAGGUGUUGCUGUCAGAGUUCAAACCCACGGGCAGCCUGUACGCCAUCAAAGCCCUGAAGAAGGGAGACAUCGUGGCGAGGGACGAGGUGGAAAGUCUGAUGUGUGAGAAGCGGAUCUUUGAGAUCGUCAACGGCUCCCACCACCCCUUCCUGGUCAACCUGUUUGCAUGUUUCCAGACGUCAGAGCAUGUGUGUUUUGUCAUGGAGUACACGGCGGGAGGAGACCUCAUGAUGCACAUACACGCCGACGUCUUUUCAGAGUCACGUGCUGUGUUCUACUCAGCCUGCGUGGUCCUGGGUCUGCAGUUCCUCCAUGAACACAAGAUCGUGUAUCGGGAUCUGAAACUGGACAACCUGCUCCUCGACAUGGACGGGUUUGUGAAGAUAGCGGACUACGGUCUCUGUAAAGAAGGUAUGGGCUUUGGGGACAGGACCAGCACUUUCUGUGGCACCCCUGAGUUCCUGGCCCCGGAGGUGCUGACGGACACAUCGUACACCCGAGCCGUGGACUGGUGGGGGCUCGGGGUGCUCGUCUAUGAGAUGUUGGUCGGUGAGUCUCCGUUCCCGGGUGACGAUGAGGAGGAGGUCUUCGACAGCAUCGUGAACGAUGAAGUGUGUUACCCUCGCUUCCUCUCCACCGAGGCCAUCGGCAUCAUGAGACGGUUGCUGAGGAGGAAUCCUGAAAGGCGUCUGGGCUCUGGAGAGAAAGAUGCUGAGGAUGUGAAGAAGCAGCCGUUCUUCAGGGGCAUGGACUGGGAGGCUCUCCUGCAGAGGAAGGUCCCGCCCCCCUUCAUCCCGUCCAUCGGAGGAAGAGAAGACAUCAGCAACUUCGACGCGGAGUUCACCGCCGAGCAUCCCACCCUCACGCCGCCUCGAGAGCGCCGCACCCUCUCCCGCAAGGAGCAAGACCACUUCAAGGAUUUUGACUACGUCUCAGACCUCUACUAGAGUCCGAGGUCAGGGGGGGUCACGGGGUUCUUAGCUGCCCACUGCCGGCCCGCAGGACUCCGACAGAGACUGAGAGGUGACGUCUGACUCUCUCGGAGAGGCGAGGACGACUCUUCCUCUCGGACAGACGGCGCCGAGCGAGCGUGAACGGGGGGAUCAGCGGGUGUGAUCCGUGACGGCGUGACGCGGUGUCACAGAUCUGCCAGAGGUCAGCAGAUCUGUGACACCGCCAGGCCUUUAGAGGAAGUCAUGACCGUAAUCCAGAUUAUGUAUGAAGCAGGAUGAUGAGAGGACGGACGCUGCGGCGUGUUCUACCUGACGACACGCUGAAGAAGAAGAAGAAGAAGAAGAAGAAGAAUCACACUGAACUGAAGUGAUCCUCUCCUCCUCCUCCUCCUCCUCCUCCUCCUCCUCCCUCUCUCGUAGCCUCAUCCCUUUCUCUCUGCUGUGUGUUGCUGCUACAGUCGGUGUGUGUCUCUCAUGUUCGCUGUCCCUGCCUCCGUCCUGGAUGUCUCUGCAAUCGUGCACCAACCGAACAUGACCACCAGGGGGAGCCAGAGGAGAGCGGGGGAACAGCUGAUGUUUGU